AUAAGGCAACCUCCGGGCGACUCGUGCGAGAAGACACUGCCAGCUGGGAGAAGAUCGUGGUUUCAAACUCCCUUGCAACGAAAAGUCGCCACCACACUUCCCUCCCCUAGCACCAAUACCUCCACUACGCCUGCACGUACUUCUUUUUUGCACAGCUGAUAUAUCUAUUCAUAUACCAAUUGCCUGCUAUGGCAAAGACAAAAAAACAGCUAAGGGUGCAGGAAAUGACUCAGCAGGCUGAGAGCCAAGGGCGCGGUAGCCCCAGCAGCACACCCAGAUCAGCGUCCUCUCGCAGCACAAACGGAGAUGAAUCAAGUGCCAAAGCUGCACUCGCGCCAGUAUCCGUACAGCACAGCACCUUCAAUACCGCAGCCAGCAGUGUUGGUGAUGCCAGCAGAGCGAGCAGCGAACCAGAUGACGUGUAUCCAUAUGUGCUCAUCAUCCGCCCGCCGUCGUCUGCGCGCUCCAGAGCAGAAGCAGCCUGUGAAAGAGACCAUCCUAGUGGAGACAGCAGCAGCAGGUCAAAAGGCAGAAACUGCAUAUGGGCCUGCUACAUCCGGAUCAGGAGGUAAGUUUGGAGCUGACUGAUCUGCUUGUGGCCCGCUUUUGGAGUCCCGCUUUUGCGCCACUGUGGA